UGGAAAUCUCAAGGUCAUCGACCUCAUCCUCGUCAACGAUGAGCAACUACGAUUCCUGGCAACAACGACCGAUGCAUGCCUCUUACUCCCACCAGCCACCACCACCACCACAAUCUAGGCCUCGGUCAAUGAUUGCCGAUCAUCAGGUUAACUAUCCUCCUCGACCUGCACCCAUGAUGACACCUACUACCUCCGUUCCACUUCAAUAUCGUUAUCCUCCUCCAGUGCAGGUGCCAUCUUAUGCGAGUAAUGUCUCGCGGUCGUCUUCGGCGUCUCCUACUCGUCGACCUCUCCCAGCUGUGGCAACGCCUACGCACAUAAGCCAUCCUGUCAAACAUCAGUCCAUAGACUUGUCGAGACUUCCACACCCCCAACCUCCAGUAGUUCAUCCACAGAGCUCAUUUGUUCAGAUGCAAGCUCAGAGAUUGCAACAAUAUCAGCAGCAACAACAACAACAACAACAACAGGCGCAUCGCUCAAGGAGUCCCAGUCCAGUGAAGCGUCGUCCAAGCCCACCGAGAUUCUAUCCUAGUACGGGUAUUUCCAGCAAUCCUCCCAGUCCAACAAAGGCAUUCGGUUAUUCACAGCAGACAUUACCAACGUCGACAAUCUCGGCAUUUGUACCGCCUCGUUCUCAUGGCCAAAUCUUUCCAGCUCCCGCCCUGGCCACCUCUCGGUCACAACCAAGUCCGACGAGGUCAGAACAGUUUCCACAACACUCUAUACCAGUUUAUUCUCAGCCACCACCACCAAACCCCCCUCUGAGUUCUCCAACACGUUCACAACCCCUUCCAUUCCAGCAGCCACCUCAGCCACCUGUAUCUCAACCACGGCCAGGCCAAUCUCAGCUCCAAUUCGCUCCAACAAAGUCGCGCCUUCCCAACCCCAUCCUCGAUUUACCAUCGCCCAAUACAGCAGAUCCUAGUCAGAAAUUUGUACCGUUAUGGAAGAGAAAUGCUACUUCAGCGAGAGUCAGAGGUGUAAACGAGAGUACAAAUGGUUCUGUUAUUAAUUCUCAGACCCGACAGAUGAAUACAAACUCCUCCAACGUGCCAAGCAACGGUAGCAGUUCCUCGAUACAACCCCGACGGAUGGACAGACCACAAGCCCAGACUGUAUCUGGACCCGAAAUACCGACAUCGGCGUUCAAUCGAACAAUAUCACAACCACCGACGUUAGAGAAACCUUUCGCCGCACCCAGCUCUGCUUUUCAAUCUCCCCCCGCCGCACCUCGGCGGAUGGAGAGAAAUGCUGCGAUUAGUGCUCCCGGAAUUCCUCCUCACCUUCCACAAUCAUCAGCCUUCCAGAACCAGCAUCUACCCCAACCGCAGCAAAUGAGUCGAAACACCGCCUUCAGUGCUCCAGAGUCCGAUGCCCGAGGCUCCAAUAUCCCCGCAAUGGGCUCUCCUGAACGUGGCAGAAGCAGACCUUUACCAUCUGCACCAAGUGCUGCAGUUCCUCCUCUCACAGUACCCCUACCUCCAUCCCAGAUAACCACUCGGGUAAAUCCAUCAUCGAUGGUAGCUUCUCAGUCUAGUCACACUCGAUAUCCACAACAGCAAAAUUAUGAAUCAGACGGAUCUGACGAUAGUGACGAGGAUGAGUCUGAGAACAGUGACGAGGACAGAGGGGGUUUCGUUCAUUAUCUUCAGCAGCGUCAGCCACCACAGGAAACCUCGAUGGAUAGACGGAUGGGAGCGUCUGAACCUGGAUACGCAAAAUAUGGUGGCGGACCGAGGGGACCUGUUCCUGCUACUAGCACCAAUAUGCCUCACCCACCAACCAUGAGCUCAGCGACUCAGUCCUUACCGGGAAAUGGGAUUUCCAGUACAACUCUCCAAAUGGCAUCCAUGAGCUUGGACAGACAGGGAGGAGAACAGUGGCCGCAAGAUCUACCUCGGUUACCUCGAGGUCCUGGAUCAGGUUUUAGUUCAAACGGUGGGAGUAGUAUUCGACAGGCCUCUCCAAGAGAGAUACCAAAUCUGGACGAUGAGCCGCCGCCUUCUAGACCUUUAUCUGCAGCCUCUUCAGCAGCCUCUUCCUCUGCCUUUGGUUACUCAGCGAGUCGACAUUCGCCUUCUGGGUCCUCUGUAUCCCCCAUUUCAAUUUAUCAGCCACAACCUCAGCCUCCUUUGGGUUCCUUUCUGCCGGCUGGAGGAACCCGAACUCCCCCCCUAUCUCAGCAGCAGAUCAAUAUCGAAAGUCCCAAACCCCUUGGAGGAAGGGAUCGAGUAGGACAGGUUGAUGUUAAAAGGAUAGGAAAGGAGGCAGAACAGGCAGAGCAGGCGCAGGCAGCAUCGUUUUCGGCGCCAGGAACCUCUCAUGGCUUGCAUUCCCAGAAGUCCCCAGCAAUCCGUCCGUCCCCGACGUUGCCGUUGAUAAAUAUAUCUGGAACAGACGAUGUGAAGCUCUCGGGAGGUAUGGGUCCAGUUCCCGUGAUCAGCAUUUCAGGGGAUGAGCAGCCUUCUCGUGGCCCGAUAAUUAAUGUUGCGGGUCCAGAAGACAAUGAUGAUCGCGAUAGAAUUAAAGGAAGGGGAGCGAGUCCACCGAAGAUUGUAUUUGAGGUCCCGGGGAUCAGUAUCGAUAAUGGGUCAAGUGGGAUACCCAGGAUCGCAGUCUCUUCUGAUGAUGAUGAUGCGAAUAACACGCCUACUCGUCGUCAACGUCCACUUCUACAACAGCAGCAGCAGCAACUUCCUCAACCGAAACCUCGAGGGUUGAUAUGUGGUGGUUGUCACUCAUCCAUCGUUGGGAGAAUUGUGGCUGCUAUGGGUAUGAAGUGGCAUCCGGGGUGUUUUAGGUGUUGUGUGUGUGAUGAGUUGCUAGAGCACGUUAGUUCAUUUGAAGGCAAGGAUGGAAGGCCGUACUGCCACUUGGAUUACCAUGAGGCUUUCGCUCCGCGGUGCUACCACUGUGAAACACCUAUCGUUGAAGAACGUUUUAUUUCCCUCGAUGACCCCGCUCUCGGAAAGCGUACUUACCACGAACAACACUUUUUCUGUUCGGAAUGCGGCGAUCCGUUUUUGAGCCCGAGUUCAGCGAGUAGCCACAAUAGAAAUCGAGACUAUAGAACUGGCGUCGGUGGAGGCGAGGUCGCGGUCGUCGGUGACGGUUUUUACGAAGAUGACGAUGUCGGUUUCACUGUGUACAAAGGUUACCCGUAUUGCGAGGCUUGUCAUGUGCGAUUGAGAUUACCGAAAUGCCGCAAGUGUAAGAAGUCUAUUCGCGAUCAUGUCGAGGCGGUGGAGGCUUUGGGUGGCAAAUGGUGUUGGGGAUGCUUUUGUUGUGCAAUGUGCGAUAAACCGUUUGAGCAGCCGGCCUUUUACGAACGAGAUAAGAAGCCGUAUUGCGAGGCGUGCUUCAGCGUGAUUGUGAGGAAUGAAGUCUGAAUGAAUCGUGGCUCCUGGGAAAUCUGGGAAGUAACAAUGUAUGGAAUGCAUCGUGCUGUGUGUGUAAAUUCAGAUUGGUCCUGC